UAUAUAUUUUAUUAUUUUGUAUAUGAUUUUUACCUGAAAGUAUCUCGAGAGAUAACGAGUGUCUUGAUAAAUUCGGAGCGACGGUCGGGAAAUUCGGUGUACGACCAUUCAAUUGGAAAACGUACCAUCUCUGCAUGCCUGUCGAUUGUUCCUGGACAACACGAAUCAUCGGCGAAACGUGUUUUUUGUCAUACAAAUUUUGAAAUUCGGUUGUCUCAAAAUUGAAUAAAUUGAAAUAUAUACCCACAUAUAUUUCUACAUCAAAAUGACUUUCUGAGAUUCUACUGUAACAAUAAAUACGUAAUACCAAGCAUUUAAAUAAUGGGAACCGUACAUGCGAAGGAGCCCCAUCCCUCAAUGACCAGCUUUAACGAAUCAAAUUCCAAAACAGAAAGCCCUCAUCAACAAACUGUAGAUUUGCAUCAAGUUGGAGCAAGAGUCGAUAAGAUUCACAUAGAUGGCCUUUCACGAACAAAAGAUGAUAUUAUAAAAGCUCAAGUUAGCGAGCUUUUUAAGGCCAAAGAUUUUCAUGAUGUUAUCCAAAGUGCUCAUCAAGUCCGUAGCAGACUCGAAGCUCUUGGAUGUUUUAAAAACAUUGGAGUUUUCAUUGACACCAGUGUCGGACCUGACGCUACACCCGAUGGAGUAGAAGUAACAUUCAAUGUGAAUGAGCUAAACCGCCUGAGUGGUGGGGUAAACACGAUGGUCGGCAACAAUGAAGGCUCGCUGCAGAUACAUGCAAAAGCACCUAAUGUUUUUGGCCGUGGUGAACGAUUGCAGAUGGAAUAUUCCUAUGGUCAUAAAUGCUCGACCAAUGUAAACAUAGCCGCUAUAAAGCCCUUCGUUGACAGUAGGCUUCAUAAAGUAUUAACCGCAAAUGUGUUCAGCACCGGUACCGAUGUUCCUUGGUCCGGUUAUAAGGAAAAAAAUAAAGGAUUUAUGAUCGAUUUGGCAGUUAAUCCCGGUGGUGCAGGCUCAUUGAAGCACAAUUUUCAAUAUGAGGCAGCAUACAGAGAAAUCACAUCUUUCAAACAAGCAUCAUUUUUCGUACGUGAACAGUCUGGACCUAGUUUGAAAUCAGCUCUGAGAUACAUAUGUUCAAUCGACAAACGUAAUGAAAAAAUAUUUCCAACUGUCGGGUCUCUCAUCAAGCUCACUGCAGAAGUAGCUGGUCUCGGAGGUGAUAUCGGUUUUGUUAAAAACGAAUUUACCAUGCAGAAUAAUUGGUCGCCCCACGAAUGGCUCACGUUCCAACUGGGAGCUCAAGCUGGAUUCCUGCGCGGUAUAAGCAAUGACAUGAGAGUAAGCAUAACUGACCAAUUUUUCCUCGGUGGACCAAUGAAUCUACGUGGAUUUGAGAUGCGAGGCUGUGGACCUCGUGAUGAUGGCAACGCUAUAGGUGGAGAUAUUUAUUGGGCCCUCGCACUUCACGUCUACACACCACUACCUUUUAGGCCUGGAAAAAAUAGUUUCGGCGAAUUAUUUAGGUUACACGGUUUUGUGAAUGGUGGAAACUUGGGAAAUUUCUCUUCAACUAAAGACGGUGAUUUGAAUGAGAGCAUGAAAAUAUUUACCGACAAUGUGAGAUGUACAGCUGGCGGUGGUAUUGUUAUGAAAUUUGCAAAUCAAGCAAGAGUAGAGUUAAACAUGGCGGUGCCUUUGUUGUUCGCAAGAAGCGAUGUACUUCAUCAAUUUCAAUUCGGUAUCGGAAUCCAUUAUUUGUAAUGCUCAUUCGUGAUGUUAUAGUCCGUGUACAGUAAUUGAGAAAUGGUGAAAUAAAGGAAAUAUUAUAUUAAA